UGUUCACGCACGAUUUUAUGUAAUCUGUACCUAUUACAAAUGGGCUCUCGAAUAAUCUGUCAAUAGUUAUAUCAAAAUUUUAUCAAAACGAGUCUGAAAAUAUGAAUGAUAACAUGUGUUUCGCGACUGUUUCAUUUAACUUACGGUCAAAAUAGACAUCGUUGACCGCGUCGGUAGACGUGUUAAGAACAAUUUUGGAAUCUUGAUUACACGAAAAUUGGAUCCAAUAAUCCUCCGGCUUAUUGAAAUAAUGAGCUUGGUGGCAUGCUGAACUUGUCAGUUCAUUGUUUACAAACAUUCCAAUAAGAAAACAGUAACCCAAAAAAGUUAAAAAAAUGGCAAGAUAUUUUGAAAACACGUCUACUUUUAACUUUAGUUGGGAUCAAGUCACUCGCGGCUACUGGAAGAGGUAUCCAAACCCUCAGAGUACCCAUGUCCUCUCAGAAGAUACAUGGAGCAGAGAAGUGAAAGAUGGAUGUCUGUACACAAAGAGAGUUUUAACCAAGACAAACAGAGUGCCUAAAUGGGGAGAAAGGUUUUUCAAUGCGAAAUCAGUGAAGAUCAUCGAGGAGAGCAUGCUAGAUCCAGAGAAGAAAGUAUUUGUGACCUACACAAGGAACCUAGGAUACACUAAAGUUAUGAGUGUGGUGGAACGCGUGGAGUAUCGCUCGGCAGGCCCGGGACUAACGGUCGCGCGUCGCUCCGCUUGGAUCGACUCGCAAGUGUUCGGCUUCUCGCGAGCCAUCCGCGCCUUCGGAGUCGACAGGUUCAAGAAGAAUUGUAACCAAAUGGUAAGCGGCUUCAACCACGUCCUGCACAGCAUGUUCCCGCGGCAGGUGGCGUCGCAGCACAGCAUGACGCACACGCUGAAGGAGAUGCGCGAGGCCGCCGCCGCCGCCACCGACCGCGCCAAGGCCAACGUGCUGUCCACCGUCAACCGGACAUAACAGGACGCCGACUGACCUAGGACCUAAGGACUAAGUGACACCACUCUUACAACACAAACCCAUACACUAGUGAAACAAUGGAGUGACCAGUGUAUCCUUUUCUUGGUCAGCAUUAGUGAAAUUACCAGACUAAACGGUGUUUUGGUCACAAAUUUUUUGGUAGUGAACAUGAAUGAACUCUCCAUAUUUCAAUCGUCCGUGGCAAAGUGUCGCCUUAUUGGGAAGUACAACAGAAGAGUAACGCAAGUGAAGGACUGCUUUUAGAGGUUUAUAGUAUUUACAGAGUAUAGAAAUUGUGUUUUAUUGUGAAGAGGUCUAUCGAAAGUAUCUAGCACUAGCUUGUUGACAAUAAGACUUAAUGAGCUCUCUUUUCACUGGUACUUGUUUUGUAAUCUCUGGUAGAAGUAUGUAGAACAAAAGUACUGCCAGAGAAGUCUGUUGUUGGCCAGUUUAAAUUGAGCUCAUUACUGUAAAGUUUAAUGUUUCCAAUAGUAAACCUGUAUUUCUUUUAUUUUCACUGCCAUUUUCGUCUUUUGCACACGAUGCUACUUGUACCUUCGCCACAUUCCAGCCGUGUGGUUCAUUAUGUAUAUUAUGUAUGAAUAUGCUUUGCAUAGAGAGAAUGGAGCACUGACAAGGCUAGAACGAAUCGAUGAUCAUUUUAGUACACUACACUGACUACAUAACUAUAAAGUAUUUUGAGAUAUUUCGGUUUGAAUAAAUAGUCGUUUUUGUUUAAACUAGGAAUGUGCAUGAUAACGUGUGUGACGUCACUACUAUGCAAUAUGGCGGUUUGACGUUUCAGAAUGACGUAUUGAAUUGGUUGUCAUCAGCCCUAUUAUGUGUAGAUGAUUUGUUAAUUCCAUAUAUUAUGGGAAAUAUUGAUUUUAGUGGAGUUUGUAGUCAGCUUUUCUCUCUACGCUACAAGUUUUGAUUGAAUUUAUUUGGAUUGUAUAUAAGGUUAGCGAUAUUGCGAGCUGCUCUAUAGCCAUGCCAGUAAUAGCUGGCUAUUCCUGUAUAUUGGGCUCGAGUUUAAAUUAUUAUUAUUUAUUACAACAAUCCUGUAUUAUAAAGGCAUAUUUUUGAGCUAAAUUCACAUCAUGAUGACACAAAUAAUUUGAAGUUUUCGAUACCUUAUCGAGACUGCGAUAAAAUUAAGGCGUGGUUACAUAUUUUUGGACGUUACCUACAGUAUUUAUUUUACCUAUUUUCUGUAACCUAUAUUCUAGAAAUUGUGUUAUCAUGGUUUUGUAAACACUUUCAAAUCAACAUACUCUAAUCUGUUACAUUUCUUCAAUGAAUUUGGAACUGUGUUCCUUUGUAAUAUGGGUGAAAAUCUUUUGCAAUCAUUUGACAGAUAAGUGUAAGUUGAUAUGCGAGUCAGUAUACUACAUAUUUAAGUAUUUAUUGUAAAACUUUUAAAGUUCAAAUUACAGUGGCAGAAUGAAGUAAAUAUUGUUUAGAAGUAUCAGUGUGGCUUCGAUUGAUUUUGUUAAAGAAUAAAUUUGAUCGAAGUAUUUGUAAGAACUGAGAUGUCGCCGAUGUUAUUUUGACAGAUAAAGGAAAUUGUGUCGAGUAUUUUAAAAUAAAUGGAUUGUUGUCGAUAGCAGCUCCAUCUCGCUAACCACAAAGGAAAUGGUUUGUAAAUUUUAUUUAUUAAUGUAUUUAUUUAAAUUCGAAAUUAAUUUAUACGUUUCCCCUUCGCUUCUGCUUUCUUAAUAAUAAGCAGAGCUUUUCUAUAUCAAGGAAAGGACAAAACAAUUUUUCGUAACAUACAAAUUGAUAUUAUAACAAUGUUAAUAUCUUAAAAAUCUAUUAAUAACAAUACCUAAUUGUUCCAAAUGUUUUAUUUACUUUAUCUACAUAGGAAUAAAGUUUAAAUUACAAUAAAAAUAAGUAUUUUUAAUAUUCUCAUUAAAAUCUAGCACAUUUGGAAUAGGAUAAUUUAAAAUAAAAAUCUAUUAUAAUAAUGAAAAAAUCUAUCUUGAAUGUCAAACUUGGGGUAAAAAAUAUGUGAAAAAUCGAAGGAUAAUUAUAAUAUCAAUGUUUGAUUAUGGAAAGUAUAUUUUUAUUAUACUAAAAUAAAAAAAGAAUUGGUCUAGUCUCUCGGAAAUCAUAGUCUAUGUGCUACCUAUUGCAUUUAGGUGUAUAGCAAAUUAUUGAUAAUUUUACUGUGACUAUUGUGUGCCACUUUACAUUAGCUUACGUCCUGCAUAAACAUAGGAAAAAUAAGGAUUAUAUAAAUAAUGAUAAUGUUAAUUUAAAUUAAAAUAUAGAUGAGUGCACAUGUCUUCCCUUGUUAAAAUAAAUGAGAGUUGUCUAUGGAUUUUAUUUUUACAAAUGGUGGGUUUAAAUUAUAACGUAAAGUGAAAUCGCAAAAUAAUGUAAAGUGGCCUUUAACAAGAGAUGUUGAAAGUUAACUUGAUGGUUAAAAGUAACUUAGAACAUACUAAACACAUGUUAUCGUUAAUACAAAGUUAGGUAAUUCGAGCAGAUCCAUAGUAUAAAAUUAGUAUUAGUUACAUUAAUCAGGUUUAAGAAGAUAAUAAAUGAGUCUAUUUCA